CGGGCUCUACGUAAACAGGAAGUGUGACGUAACAUUUGUUUUGGGACGACAAGCGUAGAGACUGACCCACAGCCGUUUAAGAAUGGAGCAAAACAAUGCCGACUACAAGCUGAUAUUUGAGAAGGAGGGAGUGUACCUGCACACCAACGCCAAGAGGAGCAACCAGGACACCAGCAUACCCGGCUUCAUCCGCAUUGUAGAGCGGGCUGGGGUGCCAGCUUUGGAAUGGAGUCCGCUGGAGGACGAAGGCCGCACGGCUCCGGCUGUGCUCUACACCAAAAAGGAUGGAGAAGGAGGAGAAGAGGAGACAAACUUUGACCCCGGCUACGAGCCAGACUGGGCUGUCAUCAGCACUGUGAAGAAAGACCGAGAACACGUCCCCGUCAAAGAGUCAGGUCAGUGGUCCUUUUCCCUGCCUCUGUCCGAGCUCUACUCGCUGAGGAGGGCCCGCUUCUCCCUGGGUAGAAACUUCCUGGUGUUGACCAGCAGAGGGGGCCACCCGCUGCCUCCUUUGCACUUCCACAGGGGAGGGAGCAGGGAGCUGCUGCGCGCCCUCAGCCGCUACAUCGUCCUGGACCAGUCUCCCGUGGACGGGCGUCUCUUCCUGGCCUACCCUCAAGACCCCAACGCUCUUUCUCAGUCCUUUGAUAAGCUGCACCUCUUUGACGAUGGCCCAGAUCUCGUAUCGAGAUUCAUCCAGGACCCCUACGCGACUACGUUUGGUGGAUUCUCCAAAGUCACCAACUUCUUCAGGGUGGCUCUGCGGCCCCCGGAUUCCCCGCUGCAUCAACGUGAUGCUCAGGAUUCAAGUAUGGCCCCUCAGUUUGACGAGGAGCCUGGCUUUGAACUCAUCACCUGUGGGGUGGAGCUCGGCCCCAGGCCAGCUGUAAGCAGGGGUAAACCUCUGGACAAAUGGGAGGAGUUCCUUGACCCCGAAGGUCGCGUGAAGAACCCAGAGAGCGUCAAAGAGCUCGUCUUCCGAGGGGGUAUCACCCCGUCGCUGCGGAAGGAGGUGUGGAAGUUCCUCCUGGGCUUUUAUCCGUGGAACAGCACCCGUAGGGAGCGGGAGGACAUUUUACGCGUCAAAACUGAUGAGUACUUCAGGAUGAAGGUCCAGUGGAAGUCUGUCACCGAGGAGCAGGAAAUGAGGAACUCACUCCUCAGGGGAUACAGAAAUCUGAUUGAGCGAGACGUGAACAGGACAGACAGACACAACACCUUCUUCUCCGGGAAUGACAACCCAGGCCUGGCUCUCCUCCAUGACGUUCUGAUGACCUACUGCAUGUACAACUUUGAUCUGGGGUACGUGCAGGGCAUGAGCGACCUCCUGUCGCCUUUGCUCUUCGUCACUCAGAACGAAGUGGAGUCCUUUUGGUGUCUGACAGGCUUCAUGGAGCUGGUGCACCACAACUUUGAAGAGUCCCAGGAGGCCAUGAAGCAGCAGCUUCUUCAGCUCAGCAUCCUGUUGAAGGCCCUGGAUCCAGAACUCUGCGACUUCUUGGACUCUCAGGACAGCGGCUCGCUUUGCUUCUGUUUCCGCUGGCUCCUCAUCUGGUUCAAGAGAGAAUUCUCCUUUGAGGACAUCCUCACGAUGUGGGAGGUGAUGUGGACCCGUCUGCCCUGCGACAACUUCCACCUUCUGAUCGCCUGCGCCAUCCUGCAGUCGCAGAGAGGAGAACUGAUCGGCUCCGACCACGACUUCAACACCAUCCUGAAGCACAUUAACGAACUGAGCAUGAAGUUGGACCUGCAGAGCACCCUGCGUGGAGCGGAGGCCAUCUACCUGCAGCUGCUUCAGUGUAAGGAGCUCCCCCUCAAGGUGCAGGAAGUUCUAGGCCUCUACGUGCCGUCCAGCUCCGAAGACGAGAGCCCUGACUCGCAGGACAGCGAGACGCAGCGUCUCCUCGGCCAAUCGCAAGCCGGGGCCGCGUCAGGUGAUGCCGCCUGCGCUCCUCCUUCACCUCCCUCUCCCCCCCGCCCGUAAUACCCGCCGACCGUCACGUUGAUGUUUAUAUAUCAUGAAAAGAAUAUGAACUGUUAAUGCCUGAGUGGACGCUGCAAUCCACGGAGGACGACGUGCCGCAACGUCCAAACACCCUAAAACACGUGCAUCGGGAAAUAGCUGCUAGUACUACACGUAGUAUAACAAAUACUAGUAUAACAAAUACUGAUGAAGCUAACAUUUGGUCAGGAAUAUGAAGUGCUCAAACCAAAGUCAGAGUGCGGAUCUGUGGCGAUUCCGCAAUCAGGAAAAAGCAGGAAGGAACAAAAGCAUGUUUUGGGAAACUCGGCCUCUGUGCAAAAUAACGCCCUUUUUUUCAACUUUAUGCUUCUACAAUCAUUUUUUCCUCGUAAUAUUAAUACUUUAUUCUGGCAGAAUUGCAAUUUUUUGUAAGAUUACCACUUUUAUCUCAUUAUUAUAACUUUGACCAUAAAACAAUAUUUUCACCUUAUUGACUUACAAUAGCUGCUCUUCCAUUUUGACAUUUUUGUCCCUGUUUAAUUGUAUUUGUGGCCCCCGGUCCGCCCUUUGGACACCCCUAACAUAUGUUAUGGGUGUGCAGCAUUUUCUCCUUGCAUGUGAUUUAUGGUGUUGGUGUUUGGCCACCGUAGUUAUUACAAUGCGUCAACAGCAGGGGGCGAUGUGGAGACACACUCAUGAAGGCCACCAUUAGUUAUUACAAUGUGUCCACAGCAGGGGGCGAUGUAGAGACACGCCCAUGAAUGUCACUGUGCUCUCUCUCUCUCAGUCCCUUUGUAAACAAACACCUCUGUCACUUUCUCCUUCCUCUUUUUCAUUGAAGCUGCUCUUUUCCAUGUUUUUAUUUUGUUAGUGUUUUCCUAAGAAAGGGAAUAUGAUCAUAACGAAGGACAUUUUGCGUACUAUAUCGUGGCCCCUAUGCAAAGCGUGUGCAUGCCUUCAUGGAGUUGACAUGCUGUGUGGUCAUCUUGUAACCUUUGGACCUUCUGCUAAUUACUACAAAAUAAAAGUUUAAUGAAGUAGCGUAAGUUAAAAAUUGUCCUCUUAAUUUGCACCGUAUCCAUACGGCCAAACUUGACCCCUGACCCAUGGCAACAGAGUAGGUUUGCAAGCAUGUUGUAUUUCUAGUCCCCUACUGGGAUCUUUCGUCCCUCACUACAUGCCACUUUUCCCAAAAAUAAGAAACGAUGGCAGUUUAUUAGUCCAAGAAUAUUGACUUAGAAGUUAUAUGUUGUAUUCCGGCCACUAGGUGUCAGUAAUGUUACAUGAUGUUAGAUCACUAGUGAUGUGCCAGGAGAGAUUACCGUUUUGUU